AUGGAUCACUACAAGGUGCUGGGCGUUCAUCGGAGUGCGACGAAAUCGGAGAUUAAGGAAGCCUUUCGGCGGCUAGCCGUCCAAUUCCACCCGGACAAACAUUCCCAAUCCUCCGGCCAAGUGAGGGACAGCGCAGCUCUCCGCUUCAAGCAGAUCUCUGAGGCUUACCAAAUCCUCAUCGACGAUCGGAAGCGCGCCGAUUACAACAUCCACCGCUCCACCGCCCAACCGCGCGGCGGCGGAGGAGGAGGAUAUGCCGGCAGCAACUACCGCUACAACAACCGUUCAUCGUCUUCUUCGUACGACGGCGGUGCGCGGCGGCGGAACAGCAGUGGAGUGUCGAUGCUGGAGGUCGCGAUCCGGUUCAUGACGACAAGGGCGUUCCUGCUGAACGUGGCGUUCGCGGGGUGCCUGUUGGGCGGCGCGAAAAUGAUCGACGGCGGCGGCGAGAGGAUGUGGAAGCGGUGGAAUUCCGGGAAAUCGUUCGAGGAAGCAAUGGAUUCGAUCGAGAAGGCCAAAUCGCAGCAGCGGCGAGGGCUUGAAGACGGCGAUUGA